AUGGAGGCCGCACGAAAUAAUGCGGAUUGGGGAUUUAUCAAGAAGAAACCUUUUGGUGUCAUUAUGUCCGCGCAGACUGUGGUGAGCUUAUUCAUUGUGUUGUGCGUCGUAUUCGCACCAUUUGUCUUCGAAGGUGUUGCUUUCGUCAGCGGUUGCGCAUUCACAUUAUUCAUCUGCUCUUUCAUUUAUAAUUUGUUCCAUAUCAUGGGAUGGAAUAGAAAGGUGUUGUCAUUGCCAGGUGGAAUAAAUCUUUUUGUACCAUGUACCUUAAUGGUAUUCGCAUGCUCUGUUAUCUUUUUCUUUCUAUUCUUGUUCGGCACCCUUAUCUGCUUAGUUGGAUUCUUUGAUUCAUUCCGUUUCACGGUUCGACUCAUCAUUACCUACUUUUUCAUCUCGUUGGCAGUUGCUUUGGACGCAUUUCUUUGUCUUCGUCUUUUUGUGCUUCUGUUCCGUGCAGCACCCAAUAGUCAGAUAUUAGGUCUGACUACCGUGCUGAUAGAUGGCGAUAAGACAUCGAGAUUGGAAGGAUCAACAACGCAGUUCUCACCUACAGCAACAUCUGGUGGUACAAAUCCGGUUUAAAUUCACGACAUUGUCCAUAAGUAUCAAUUUCUUUACUUGCCAUAAGUCAUCUCGAUGAGUGCAUAUCAUAUCUAAUCCCUCAUGACGCAUUCACCUCAUUUUCCUUUUUUU